AUCUUGUGAGCUUUGGACUUUCUUGAAACUUAAUCGUUCAUAAGAUUACAUCAUACAUCAGUCAGUUGGACUGCCGCCAUUCCCUUUGAACAUGUACAUUGUUUUAAGUCAUUUAUAACCAGUGUUGUUAAAUGGGAGACACUGGUAUAUGAGUGUUCUUUAUGCUUUUGUAAAUAUAUUCAUGUACAGCCAGCGUGAUGGCUUCACAAACUGUGUUUAUUGUGGUGUAUCAGAAUUUGCAUCAGGCCAAUAGGGAAUGACUCGCCACGUGGGCCUGUCUCUUUAACGUUGUCAAGGUGGGAGGAGCUUCCUGAGGAAACAGGUGUGUGUGUCGAUAGGGAUGAUGUCAUUGGUUCUGGAUCACCUGGAAAAACUUGCAUUCAGGCUGCUGGCUAGCAACACACACACACAAGACAGCUGUUCCGCACAGAUCACCUGCCAACCUGCUAUCUGCUCGAGUGUGAAUAUUCACACCCUGCUGAUAUGUUUACAAGUGAGGGAAAGACAAGAUACUGACCCCUUCUCUCACAAAAAUAUACUAGAAAUUCCAGCAGCUGUUUUGGAUUGUGACUGCCAAAGUGGAGAUUAGAACAAACCUGAGACCCACUGCACAGAAGUCUGUGAGAUUCCACAAACAAGGCCUCAGAUAUAGGGUGUGGAUGAGAGAGGUGUGAAAAGUAGAGGACGAGUGUGUAAGUCAGCCUGGGACAGCUCUAUUGAAAUUCAUGAUUGCCCCCCCCAACCCCCACCUACCCCUUGGUGAUGAUUUAUAAGCCUGAAACUCAGAGCAAGCCAAGGAAUUAGGUCAUGCUAGCCCAUGAAAGAGCUCUUUUUGGACAUUUUAUUCUCGUCUUGUCUGUUUUGAGAGUAUGACCCUGUGGUUGGUGUUACUGGGACAGACUGGUUACUGAAAGCCAAUUCCACUAUGUCCUGGAAAAGGAACUACUUUGCGUCAGGCAGCAGUGGGCUGCAGGGCAUCUUUACCCCACGGACCAUGACCUCCAUCGCUCCAAGCAAAGGGCUCAGCAAUGAGCCAGGACAGAACAGCUGCUUCCUCAACAGCGCUCUUCAGGUCCUCUGGCACCUGGAUAUUUUCCGCAGAAGCUUCCGGCAGCUAACCACACACAAGUGCAUGGAGGACUCUUGCAUCUUCUGCGCUCUCAAGAGCAUCUUUGUGCAGUUCCAGUACAGCACGGAAAAGGUGUUGCCCUCUGACGCGCUGCGUACGGCUCUGGCCAAGACCUUUCAGGAUGAGCAGCGCUUCCAGCUGGGCAUCAUGGACGACGCUGCUGAGUGCUUUGAGAACAUCCUCAUGCGUAUCCACUUUCACAUCGCUGAUGAGAGCAAGGAGGACAUCUGUACGGCCAAACACUGCAUUCCACACCAGAAGUUUGCCAUGACGCUCUUCGAGCAGUGUGUGUGUGGGAGUUGUGGAGCAUCAUCAGAUCCUCUGCCCUUCAUUCAGAUGGUACAUUACAUCUCCACCACCUCUCUGUGUAACCAGGCUGUAAGGAUGUUGGAGUGCAGGGAGAAACCAACUCCUGACAUGUUUGGGGAACUGCUGAGAAACGCCAGCACUGUGGGAGACCUGCGCAACUGUCCUGGUAAUUGUGGAGAGAAGCUCCGUAUUCGUCGCGUGCUCAUGAACUCUCCUGAGAUCAUCACCAUCGGUCUGGUGUGGGACUCGGAAAACUCUGAUCUCGCCGAGGAUGUCAUCCACAGUCUGGGCACCAUCCUGCGUCUCGGAGACCUCUUCUCCAGGGUGACAGAGGAGAAGGCCAGGCAGGCAGAGCUCUACCUAGUGGGCAUGGUGUGUUACUACGGCAAACACUAUUCAACCUUCUUCUUCCAGACCAAGAUCCGGAAAUGGAUGUAUUUCGAUGAUGCACACGUUAAAGAGAUUGGGCCGAAAUGGCGGGAUGUGGUGUCUCGUUGUAUUAAGGGGCAUUACCAGCCGCUUCUGCUGCUCUAUGCUGACCCCCGUGGCACACCCGUGUCUGUGCAGGACCUGACAUCUCGGCUGGACCUUCACCACUACACCAAAACCUACUACGACAGCGAGGACUCUGGUCGUGAGCCGUCCAUUUCGAGCGACACGCGAACAGACUCCUCGACAGACAGCUACAGCUAUAAACACUCUCACUCGCACCACGAGUCCAUGGCCUCACACUUCUCGUCAGACUCCCAGGGAACCAUCGUGUGCAACCCCAAAAACAACGCAUCGCACAGCAGUCUGGAUACGACGGGCCCUUUGACUGACGGCGAGCCUGCUCAGCGCCACACGCCUAGAAAAAGUGGGACCACAGAUAGGAAGAGUGGAGUUGUGGACAGGAAGAGGAGCGCCAGCCGACCCCGCCGGUUCGACGAGAGAAGUCGAACCUCAAAGACCGAUGAGGUGUCUUCUGCAGGAUACCACAGUGAGGGUGAGACCCUGAAAGAACAACAGGUCCCUCGUGGCACUCCUAAGCCCUGCUCUAGCCGUCUGCGGGACUUUAAGGAGAGCAUGAGCAGCAUCAUUCUGAGCCGGCCGCUAUCCGCCGACAGCACAAGCAGCGAGUCCAGGUCCAGCUCCGGUGUAGGACGCUACAGGCCAGCCUGGAAACCACGCCGAGACACUCUCAACAUCGAUAGCAUCUUCAGCAGAGAGAGACGUAAGCAGGCCGGCUACGCUCCGUUGGGCACCUUGUUGCCUGAGGAUCCCAGCCACCACAGGCCACUGACAGGCUCACUAGAUCAAAUGGGUUUUGGUGCCAGAUCUGCAUCUAGGACGCUACCAUCAACUCAAGGCAAGAGGAUGGAACCUUCUCGGCUCAUCCAGAGGAUGGAGAGUGGGUACGAAAGCAGUGAAAGGAACAGCAACAGUCCUGUGAGCCUGGACAUCCCCAUUAAUGACGGAGCUGUGAACGGAUCACACAGUGUAAAAGACGCGGCUCUAAUAAAGCAACCCUCUGGUAUCGGCACUACGUGGAAUGGUGUACAGAAGUCGAAAAGCAGCAGUUCCCUCUUGCAGGAUGUCAAAGCCUCCAUCAAAGGAGCCAGUCAUACGAGUUUGGCCGCCGAGGGCCGAAGCGAGCUGGACGAGCUCCAGGAGGAGGUGGCGCGCAGGGCAAGAGAGCAGGAACUGCAGAGGAGGAAGGAGAAAGAGAAAGAAGCAGCCAUGGGCUUCAACCCCAAUCCUAGCAAGUUCAUGGACCUGGAUGAGCUGCAAAACCAGGGUAAAGGGGACGGCUUCGAGCGGUGUGUUCUGGACGCUGAAGCGCUGUUAGAUCAGUCUCUGAGACUGGAACAGGCAGGCGAGGUCGCUGCCGCACUCUCUGUGGUAAACGAAGCCAUGUCUAAACUCAGGCAUACCAUGCAUGAGGGCAGUGCUAACGGGCAGGGCAGGACAGUGGGUGAGGCCCGACUGCAAAAGUGUAUGAGGAGGGCGCGAGGCCUGCAGCAGCGCAUGCAGCAGCAGGAGAAGCAGCAACAGCAGCAGCGAGAGGAGAAGGAGGAGAGGGAGGAAGAGCAAAAGCUGCCUAUCAGUGAACAGCCUGUCAAGAUCCAAAUACUUCUGACAGAAGCUCAAGAGGAGGUUGUGGAUGCGCUCUCAGAAGCUUCCUUAGGCCCAUCAUUAUCAUCCCAAAUUAUUCCCCAUUCUCCUGCUCCAUCCACUCCUGAUCUCUCCCACUCCUACUUCAGAGAGAGCCUUGAACGUCCUUCAUCCAUCGAUAACAAACAGCAUCAAUACUCUCACUCAGACUCUCAGGAGCAUUCCCCUACCUCUGCCCGCACAACCAGUAAACCCAGUGCCAGCUCUGCGUCCAUGUUCACAGCAAACAACGCUUCCCAGAUGCCAGCCAGAGACGGACCCGAAGCUCACACGCACGGGCACAAUCAUCGCCCGCCUAUGUCCCGGAGCUUCAGUGUCCCUCGCUCUUCCUUUUCCUCUGAUCAGUACAGCUUAGAGGAGAAACCGCAGUUGCUCCACUCACAACAGUCAUCACUCUUCAACCCUCCGCCGUCACAGCGCGCCGAUACCGCUCCACCAACGCCGAACUUCAUGUCAUCUUCCCCUUCAUCCCCCUGCCUCAUGCCACGCUCCACCUCGCCGGCCAGGCCCAUGCCUGUAGAACGCUGGGCUGAAAACGUCACCAGAUACUACAACUCCCAAAAUGCUUCGCAGCCAUGUGGCUCGCCCUGUGAAGAGUUGUCUGAACUCGACUCGCUCUACAGAGCCAGCUUGCGGGCUCCCAGCAAACCACGAGCCUCUUGCGGGCCCAGUCCAAAUCCCACUGGGAGACAAGGACCAGCUGCUGCACGCAGACUUGCAUCUGGACACUCAGGCUCGCUUGGGCGCUCCAAAACACCCACCGCUGAGAUCGAGAGGAGUGCCUACAGGACACCAGAAUACAUCAGUGCUCCUGCACACAGACCUGUUACUCCUACGAUGCGUGACGUACCAGCGGGUGAGGAUCAGAUGUACAGUGCUGAGAAUCUGCGUCGUAUCACUCGCAGUCUGAGCGGCACCGUCAUCAGAGGACGAGCCGAAAACCUCGUUCCUUCUCGCAGCUUUGACUCUCCUGCUUCGAGAAUUGCUAAGCAUGUGGACCCUCGAUUGAACCCCCGCCACUCCAACACCUCCCUGCAUGCCGCACCCGUUACCCACAAUCCUUCAGUUUUCACCCACCACCCUGAGCACCAGUACCUGCAUCCACCUCAGCAGCAACCUCCCCCUCCAGCUACGUUACAGCGGCCCACUCGAGGACACCCAGUGUCUGCAGGAGAUCCCCAAAAGGUCGACAGGUUUCUGGCUGUGCUUGACCGGGGCGAAGCUCUUGCCCAUGGCAGCUCCCACAGUGUGAUGAUGAGCUACGGCACUCUUCCUCGGGCGCCCCGGAAAUCGGCUCCUUCUGUGCCGCGCAUGCCUCAGGCCAGAGUCGCACUAGCUGCUCGCCCUGAGGCCUGGAACUACACAGAUCCCCGCUAUGCCACCCUGGCUCACUCUGGUCGCUCGGUACCUGCUAGCAGACCUGUGGACAUUUCUCAACACCAACUUCAACGUGCCAGCUUACCCAGACAGCAGUCUGUCCCCACUGCUCAGCCCACGCGUAUGGAUAUGCCACCAGAGGCAGACUGGAGGACUGCUACAUUCAGAACAGGUCACCCGGAUGGCCAGGCGUCCAGAACCCGACGUGGUUCCCAUGUGCAGCUGUGUUCCCUGUGCCAGCAGUCUCCAGCUGAGCCCAUGGGCACCUACUGCCAGGCCUGCAUUGCUUACAGAAAUCGCUACAGGCAGGCCAAUUAAACAAAGUGGAGCACCACUUCAUGGAAAUGCCAGCUUCAUGUACAUAAUCACAUCCCAUACAUACACACAUACACAUAUAUACACAUCUGCAUGACGACGAGUGAGAAUGAAGGAGAGUCACACACCAGCCCACUUCUGUCUUUCACUUACUGCAUUUCUCUCCUUCACCUUGCCCUGUUGCUUGAGUCCUGCUUUCACACACUUUUUUGCUGAUGAAGAAUGGCCUCUAACUGAAGGUGUGAUGCUUCACAUCUGCACUGUGCGCGUCCUGCCGGAUGAAGACUGUUUUAGACUCUGGAUCUAGACUUCUUGAUUGUGUUUUAUCGAAUUAACACAAUGGGAAGAACUUGAAUCCUUUCCUUGAGUGACCUGCCAAUGAGAUUGGUAUUUAACUACAGUGUUUUGGUAAGAGUGCAUUUUUUUAUGAGGCCACGAAGCACAAAUUCAAGACAAGACUGAGACAGAGCUUACUAUUUUUGGAUAACUGAACCAUAGAUAGCCUGGAUUAUAUAACUUGACAGUUCCUCGUUUUAUUAUAGAUUUCUCUAUAGCAUACUAGACUAAGCAGAGUGAAGUAAAUUAUAAGAAAAUGUUUAGAAACUAUUGUGUAAUGUGAACGCGGUAAUAGCAGUGGAGUAGAAAAAUGUGAUGAAGUGAAGAGAGAACAUUUCCAUGUGUUUUCUGUUCUAGUUUCAUGACAUGCCAAGUGGCUCACUGGAAAAACACACUCGACAUAAUUGGAUUGUCUGUUUCAGUGUAAAAAUACUCACACUUGUCACAUGAAUAAUUAUCGAAGGGUUUUACAGGGAAAGGCAUUAUAAAGAGUUUUAAAAUAAAUCUGAACUAUCAGUGUUACUCACGAACAUGCCAGGUACAGCAGUUCAGAAUAACACCUGAAGCUUUUUUUGUUCCGCAUUAAUGCUGAUGAAGGGUUAGGGCUUGUUAAAGGUUAAACAUACACUGCGUCUGGCAGGUAUUUAUUAUUGUAUUUAUAAAAAAAAAACAAACAAAAAAACAAUUUGCAAUGUAACUGAAACCAAAACUGUGAAGUGAGUUGAGAAUUUUGCAUCAUUUAGAUGACCGAAUGCACAAAGCUAUACCUUGAACGCAGACCAAUUUACUCACAGCGGCAUCACGAUAUACAGCCAUGAGAUGCUUCUGAUUACUUCAGUAUUUAGGAUUUAAUCAUUUAGAUUUAGUCCAUUUGUGCAAGCGCAUGGCUUAAAUACCUUCAAUUAAAGGAGAAGUGUUUUUAGAGCCCUCUGCUGCCUGAGAAGUAGACCUACCUGACUUCCCUUUCUCUCCAGUUGACCCCGCCCCUUUUGUUGAAACUACACAUGCCUUGUGAGUUGCCUUUAAAGGAGAACGGGCCGAGCCGAGCAGGUCUGUACCGACUGCACCGGGAAAAAUAAAGUCAGAAACUAGCUCAAUCCAUUGCACUGUAAUUUCACGAUUCAUUCUUUUUUUUCUUUUUUUUUUUUUUUUAAGGCACCUUGAAAUUUUAGGUCAGGAGACACCCUUAAAUAUCUCAGACUGCACCUUCAAACAUGUUCAGGAGGGUUAAGGACAUUCCUCAGACCUAGAGGUAUAUAUUUCUCAAUUGUAAUAGAUACAGUGUGAUCAACAUAUCCGAUAUACAACAUACAAUUAAAGCCGAUAUUCCUAUUUAAUUUAGAGCUGAUCUGAUGCAAUGCGAUAUGACCUAGUGUGCAGUUUUGAUUUUAACUGAAAAGGUGCCGUGAAGUCAUGUGACAUCACAAUACACAUUCAGCCAAAGCCCUAUUCAAUUCACAUGCGUCGAACGCGAGUACAGCUAAAAGGUCUCAUUUACCAACAAACAUCACUGCGAAAUUUUUGCCCGCAACAAUCACAAACAAAAAAACCCUCUGCGAAAUCCUGUACGGACCGAUUACUUUUUAAAAAAAAUAGGAGUACAACAGUGAUGAUGAAGAGAUGCACACGUGCUAUCAGACUUUACUGAUAUACACAUGCCCGUAUUGAUUCAUCUCACACACAGUUUUGCUUCGGUGCAGUGAAUCUUUACAACAUAACUCUGAACGUGUGGUGGUCUGGGAAAACCCAUCAGAUGUGGCGGAGGCUCAAUUCUGCCAGCCAAAAAGUGAUAGAAAUGCAUAGAGUUUUUUUUCCUUUUUUAUUUCUUUACUCGCUCUAGAUUUCUGCAAAGAUCAUGUUGGGGAAGCCAGUUUAACAAACAAAAAAGAAAGUCAGUCUACCUUAAGGUGUCUAAAGCCUUACUAGUUAAGUGUGAUUUCUACACACGGUGAGCAUUUACAUUACUUUAAUUCAUUUAGCAGACGCUUUUAUCCAAAGCGACUUACAAACGAGGAAAUACAAGAUAUAU